AUGAACGCCAUACUUACACAAGGAUGGCUCCAUAUAUGCUUAGUGAUGCUUUUCUUCAGUGAGGUCUCAUCUCAGAGCUGCACCAGUCUUCGUGUACAGCUAACCACCACCACCAAGAACAGCCUGGGACUACUGAAGAGCAAAAUGAGAACAAACCUUCCUCUCCAGUGCCUAAGUGACAUGAGAGACUUUGUCGCCACCCAAGAAAUUCUCAAGGAGAUCCAAACGUCCCUGGAAGAGAAUCCAAAGGUGGCCAUUCAUGAAAUCUUCCAACAGAUCAUCCGCACCUUCAACCAAAACCGGACAGAAACGGCUUGGGAUGAGAAUUCCAUGGCAGCAUUCCAGACCAGACUUCACCAGCAAGUCCAGCAUCUGGGAAGGUGCUUGAGUGCAGAGAUGGAGAAUGACAUCCCGUCUCCAAGAGGUCAGAACAUCCAGCUCACCAGGCUGAGAGUGAAAAGAUACUUCCAAAGAAUUGACAACUUCCUGAACGAGAAGCAGCACGGUCUGUGUGCCUGGGAAAUUGUCCAGAUCGAAGUCAAGCGAUGUCUGCUGUUGGUGGACCAACUCACAAAUAGGAUCCAAAACUAA